AUGGCUCGGGCGAAUGGUUUUAUAGCACAAGACACGUUGGUCCUUGGUUCUGUAAGUGGUAACAAAGUGGCAUUUCCUAGGAUUUUGGUUGGUUGUGCUCAUGAAACUUUUGGUCGGUUUCCUUCUGAUAGUUCUGGCAUUAUUGGACUCGGACAAGGUUCAAUAUCGUUAAUCUCACAAAUAAGUUCUUCUGUUCGAGGCAAAUUCUCGUACUGCUUCCGUCAAUUUCCUUCUAACGUUAACAGUAUAUUGCAUUUCGGAGAAAACGCUGUUGUUUCUGGAGAUGGGGCUGUUUCUACUACCCUUGUGACUAAUAAAGACCCAAAAAAGAAGGGCAACACGGUGGUUGAUUCUGCAGGGACAACAUUCUCAAUGUUGCCAAAAGAUUUCUACGACAAAGUGGAAUCAGAAGUUGCAGCAAAUAUAGAAUUAGAACGUUCUCAUGAUCCAUUCAAUUACAAUCUAGGCCUGUGCUGUAAAUCAGAAAGCUAUGAAAUGUUCCCAGCUCCCAUGAUCACUCUUCAUUUUAAUGGCCACAAAGCAGAUGUAAUAUUGAGUCCAAACAAUUGCUUCUUCAGAAUGAGUCAAAGUGUUGUUUGCUUUGCUUUUCAUUCCAUUCCAAGUGGGCGAGUACUUAUAGGGAACACCCAACAGGUCAACGUCUUGGUUGGCUAUGACCUUCACAAUAGGGAAAUACGUUAA